AUGGGAACGAAAAAGUCUACCAAGAAGUUCGAACAACGGCAUCUCAAGGAUAUCCUUGAGCGUCGCAAGACCAAUGCCAAGGGCAAGCAACGCGCCCAGCAGAAUGACAAGCGCAAGGAGCGAAGUUCCGUCCGUCGCGAGGCCCAUGAGGCUGCCAACCAGCCCUCUGAGGAGCAGAUCAAGAAGCAGAAUGCCUAUGCCGAGAUGAAUGUCGAUGAUUUCUUCGCUGGUGGUUUUGACAUCCCCACCGACAAGAAGGCUAGCAAGAAGGACACCACCCCCAAGAUCGGCAAGCGGAAGCGUACUGCGGACCAGGGCGAGGCGCCUGGCUCCGAAGCCAGCGACAACGACGAUGCCAGCGACGCCGAUGCCUUCGACGAACAUAAGGAUCAGCUCGAGGCGCUGAAGGAGAAGGACCCCGAGUUCUACAAGUAUCUGAAGGAGAACGAUGCCGACCUGCUCGAUUUCACCAACCACGGCGAUCUCUCAGAGGUCGAUGAGCUCAGUGAAGGCGAGCCAGUGGAGGAUGAGGGCCCUGCGAAGAAGAAGAAGAAGUCCAAGAAGAACGAGGAAGAGGAUAAGGAACCCGAGGAAAACACAUUGACUAUCCCCAUGAUCCAGAAGUGGGAGGCAUUGAUGAAGGAGCAAUACUCGAUCCGGGCCAUGCGCCAAACCGUUCUCGCUUUCCGUGCCGCCGCUCUUGUCAACGAGGCCGAAGCCGAGGACCAGAAAUACGCAAUCAAGAGCCCCGAGGUCUACCACCAGGUUCUCAUGACAUCGCUGAAUGUUGUUCCCAAGGUUCUCUCGCACCAUCUUCCCGUCAAGGAGACUGCGGGCGGCAAGAUCAAGGUGUCGAUGGACUCCAAGAAGUUCAAGACCCUCACUCCUCUGAUCAAGUCCUACACCUCCUCGGUUCACCAACUUCUGCUCAACCUCUCUGAUGCGUCGACUCUGAAGAUGACACUGUCAGCCAUGGAGCCCAUGCUGCCAUAUCUGCUGCAGUUCCGCAAGGUCCUGAAGACUCUGAUCAAGACUGUCGUUGCUAUUUGGGCCGAUGUCACUACCGCCGAUGCCACUCGCAUCACUGCUUUCAUUCUUCUGCGUCGCCUCAUGGUUGUCGGCGAUGCCGGUAUUAAGGAGACCGUGCUGAAGGCAACCUACGAGGGUGUCGUCAAGGGCAGCCGCAACACCACCGUCCACACUUUGGCUGGUGUCAACUUGAUGAAGAACUCUGCCGCCGAGAUUUGGGGUAUCGACCAAAACGUUUCAUACACCGCUGGCUUCAGCUUCAUCCGCCAAUUGGCCAUGCACCUGCGCAGCAGCAUCACCAACACCUCCAAGGAGUCAUAUAAGACCAUCUACAACUGGCAAUACGUGCAUUCUCUGGACUUCUGGUCGCGUGUGCUCUCCCAGCACUGCGACGGCCUCGUCGAGGCCCAGGUCGGCAAGCAGUCCGCCCUGCGUCCGCUCAUCUACCCGGUCGUCCAAAUCACCCUUGGCGCCAUGCGCCUCAUUCCCACCGCGCAGUACUUCCCUCUCCGCUUUCAAAUGACCCGGGCACUUCUGCGUAUCUCUCGAUCGACCGGUACUUAUAUCCCGCUCGGCUCAUCGCUAUUGGAGGUCCUUAACUCCGCCGAGAUGCGCAAGUCCCCCAAGUCCAGCACCCUCCGUCCCCUCGACUUCAACACCGCCAUUCGCGCCCCGAAAUCCUACCUGCGCUCGCGUACCUACCAAGAUGGCGUCGGCGAGCAAGUUGCCGAACUCUUGUCUGAGUUCUUUGUUCUCUGGUCCAAGCACAUUGCCUUCCCGGAGCUGUCCGUUCCUGUCAUCGUUUCGCUUAAGCGCUGGUUGAAGCAGGUCUCAGCCCGCUCGGGCGGUAACAAGAAUGCCAAGAUCAACCAGAUGACCCUCCUGCUUGUGCAGAAGGUCGAGGCUAACUCCCGUUGGAUCGAGGAGCGUCGCGCCAACGUCACUUACACCCCACGCAAUCGCACGGAGGUGAACACUUUCCUCAAGGGCGUGGACUGGGAGACUACUCCCCUCGGUGCAUUUGUCAAGACGCAACGGAAACUCCGUGAGGAGCGCGCUGCUAUCCUUGAAGAGGGCCGCCGCGAAGAGGAGAAGAGGCGGGAGGAGGCGAAGAAGGGAGGUGACGACGAAUUGAUGAAUGAUUUUGGCAGUGAUGAUGAUAGCGAGGGUGAAGGUGAAAUCGAAAGUGAGGAUGAAGAGGAGCUUGAGAUGGAGGAGGAGAGUGAGGAUGAGGAUGAGGGAGAGAUGGAAGAGGAGUAG